GAGAACGUUGGCCCUGGCCGGCAGUGGUUAAGUCCAAAGGAAGCUGCAGAGACAGGCGCAGACACCACUGGGCCCCAUGGCUGAGGAGGCCCCACAGGAGACAGGGCUGGGGGACAGGGCUGCUCCCCAGGAUGACUCGGGCCUCCAGGACAGCGUGUUCUCCUCUGAAAGUGACAACAGCCUGUACUUCACCUACAGUGGCCAGUCCAAUACCUUGGAGGUCCGAGAUCUCAGCUACCAGGUGGACAUAGCCUCCCAGGUGCCUUGGUUUAAGCAGCUGUCUCACUUCAGGAUGCCCUGGACAUCUCACAAGGACUCUUGUGAGCUAGGCAUUCAGAAUCUGAGCUUCAAAGUGAGGAGUGGACAGAUGCUGGCCGUCAUAGGGAGCUCAGGCUGUGGGAGAGCCUCUUUGCUGGAUGUGAUCACCGGGCGAGGCCACGGCGGCAAGAUUAAGUCAGGCCAAAUCUGGAUCAACGGGCAGCACAGCACGCCCCAGCUGGUCAGGAAGUGCGUGGCUCACGUGCGACAGCACGAUCAGCUGCUCCCCAACUUGACCGUCCGCGAGACCCUGGCUUUUGUUGCCCAGCUGCGCCUGCCCAGAGACUUCUCCCAGGCCCAGCGUGACAAAAGGGUGGACGACGUGAUCGCGGAGCUGCGGCUGCGCCAAUGCGCCAACACGCUCAUGGGUAACUCCUACGUGCGGGGCGUGUCCGGGGGCGAGCGGCGCAGAGUCAGUAUCGCAGUGCAGCUGCUGUGGAACCCAGGAAUCCUCAUCCUGGAUGAACCCACCUCUGGCCUCGACAGCUUCACGGCCCACAACCUGGUGAAAACCCUGUCCAGGCUGGCCAAAGGCAACAGGCUGGUGCUCCUCUCCAUCCACCAGCCUCGCUCCGAUAUCUUCAGGCUGUUUGAUUUGGUCCUCCUGAUGACGUCCGGGACCACCAUCUACUUGGGGGCAGCCCAGCACAUGGUCCAGUAUUUCACGGCAGCCGGCCACCCCUGUCCCCGCUACAGCAACCCUGCCGACUACUAUGUGGACUUGACCAGCAUCGACAGGCGAAGCCAAGAGCAGGAAGUGGCCACCAGGGAGAAGGCUCAGUCCCUUGCAGCCUUGUUUCAAGAAAGAAUACGUGGCUUCGAUGACUUUCUGUGGACAGUGGAGUCAAGGGAGCAGGGUGUGGGCACUUACGUGCAGAGCCCAGCUUCCCCGAGGGACACCAACCCCUUACAGCCUCCCACUAAGCUGCCUGGCCCCCUACAGCAGUUUGACAUGCUGAUCCGUCGUCAGAUUUCCAAUGACUUCCGAGACCUGCCAGCCCUCCUCAUCCACGGGGCAGAGGCCUGCUUGAUGUCCCUGAUCAUCGGGUUCCUCUACUAUGGCCAUGGAGCCGUCAAGCUCUCCUUCAUGGACACGGUGGCCGUCUUGUUCAUGAUCGGAGCUCUCGUCCCUUUCAACGUGAUCCUGGAUGUCAUUGCCAAAUGUCACUCAGAGAGGGCGCUGCUUUACUAUGAACUAGAAGAUGGGCUGUACACUGCGGAGCCGUAUUUCUUUGCCAAGAUCCUAGGGGAGCUUCCCGAGCACUGUAUCUACAUCAUCAUCUAUGGGAUGCCUACCUACUGGCUGGCCAACCUGCGCCCGGGCCCCGAGCCCUUCCUGCUGCACUUCCUGCUGGUAUGGCUGGUGGUCUUCUGCUGCAGAACCAUGGCCAUGGCCACCGCCGCCCUGUUCCCCACCUUCCACAUGUCCUCCUUCUUCGGCAACGCUCUCUACAACUCCUUCUACCUCACUGGGGGCUUCAUGAUAAGCUUGGACAACCUGUGGACAGUGCCCGCGUGGAUUUCCAAGAUGUCCUUCCUCCGAUGGUGUUUUGAAGGGCUGAUGCAGAUCCAGUUUGGUGGGCACACGUAUCACCUGGCAGCUGGCAACAUCACCAUCCCUAUCCCGGGAGACAUGAUCCUCAACGCCAUGGGCCUGGGCUCAUACCCUCUCUACGCCAUCUACCUCUUCAUCAUAGGCAUCAGUGGUGGCUUCAUGGUCCUGUACUAUAUGUCCUUAAAGUUCAUCAAACAGAAGUCAAGUCAGGACUGGUGAUUCACGCCCAGACUCCUGCCCGCCGGUGGGGGACUCGAGAAGGCCCUUCCACUGCACUUUCUCCCAAGGAGACCCUUCCCAGGCACAAAGAGGACCGUGAGAACACAAAGCUCAGCUACAUCCUGUCCACAGUGCUGCAGUGGCACAGGCUGGCCACAGGAUGGCAGUAGAAUAAAGACAGUCGAAAGAUAUUUCUGAUCCCCGGCCAGAGCUUGCGAUUUACUGGGAAUCUGAAAACCAUACUUGGGGACACCUACAGUGUCGCUAAUUUAUUUCCUUUUGAUAUGUAUUUGCAUAGGCAACUAAUACAAGACAGGAGCAAAUUAGGUAUGAAUCGAGUAGUUAGGCUAUGCGGAAACAACAACAUAAUAGUUAGUGGAAUAUUUGGCUUCAUCUUCCAGGGUCCUCAAACUCUGUUGAGCCAUUCUCAGUAUAGAAAAGGACCUAAAACAUACCAGCGAGGUACCAUCCCUUCUUUCUGGGUGAGGUAAUGGGCUCCAAAAGCCAAACUGAACAAUUAAAUAUUUACUGAGCAAUUGC